AUGGGCUCUAAGUACCCGCGCUCUGUCCGGUGCUGCCUGCCCCUGUGGGCCUUGAUGCUGGAGGCUGCUCUCAUCCUCAUCUUCUACUUUUUCACCUCCUACGAUGAUUCCCCCGAGAAACAGAAGAAGCUCAUGGGGACCUAUCAAGCAGGCUUCCAGGAUGUUACGGUGAUGGCAGCCCUCGGCUUUGGCUUCCUCACCUCGUCUCUGCGGCGGCAUGGCUGGAGCAGUGUGGCCUUCGGCCUCUUCAUGCUGGCCCUCGGGGGGCAGUGGGCAGUCCUGCUGGACGGCUUCCUGAACCACUUCUCCCGUGGAAAGGUGAUCAUCACACUUUCCAGUAUUCAGCGGGCCACCAUGACCGCUAUGUCGGUGCUGAUCUCAGCAGGUGCCGUCCUGGGGAAGGUCAACUUGGUGCAGCUGAUGUUGAUGACACUGGUGGAGGUGACAGUCUUUGGUACCAUGAGGAUGGCCAGCAGGCAAGUCCUCCAGACAGACGACCACGUAAGCAUGAUGUACGUCCAUGUGUUUGCGGCCUGCUUUGGGCUGACUUUGGCCUGGUACCUCUCAAGGCCUCUGCUUAAAGGAGUGGAGGAGAAAGAAAAGACAGCAACGAGCCCCAGUUUGUUUGCUAUGCUGGGUACCCUCUUCUUGUGGAUGUUCUGGCCAAGUUUCAACUCUGCUCUGCUGGACUUGCCAAAUGAAAGGAAGAAGGCCGUGCUCAGCACCUGCUACGCACUCGCGGUCAGCACAGUGACAGCCACCUCAGUGUCGGCCUUGGCUCACCCCCAAGGGAAGAUCAGCAUGACUCACGUCCACAAUGCGGUGCUGGCAGGAGGCGUGGCUGUGGGUGUCUCAUGUCACCUGAUCUCUUCUCCUUGGCUGGCCAUGGUGCUGGGUCUUGUGGCUGGGUUGAUCUCCACUGGGGGAGCCAAGUGCCUGCCGGUGUGUUUCAGCCCAGUGCUGGGGAUUCAUGAUACCUGCAACAUGUACUCCACCUUCGGCUUGCCGGGUCUGCUCGGAGGGAUCACCUACAUUGUGCUUGUAGUGCUUCAGAUCAGCUGGACCAAGAAUUCCAUGAUCAGCUACCAGGUGCUCCUUGACUUUGGGGCACUCAGCUUGGCCAUGGCGAUGGGUCUGGUGUCUGGUAUCCUGACAGGUAUACUCCUAGAUCUCAAAAUAUGGAAAGCACCUCAUGUGGCUAAAUAUUUUGAUGACCAAGCUUUCUGGGAGUUUCCUCAUUUGGCUGUUGGAUUUUAA